AUGAAGUCGAUGGCUCGCCGGGGUCGAUGGAGAAAUGUGCUGGAGAUGCUGAUGCAGAUGUCAGCAGAGAAUCUGGAGAUGAAUGCGAUUCUCUGCAAUAUCGCCAUCAGUAUCUACAGUUGGCAGAGUGCCUGUGAGUCCUUGAAGAACAUGAAGGGACGCCAGCUUACUCCUGAUGUGAUUAGUUUCAACAGCGCCAUCACUGGCUGCGAGAGGGUCACUGCUUGGAGACCCGCAGUUGUGCUGCUGGAGUGGAUGGUCAUUGGAAGGGUGCCAGCCGAUGUCAUUGGAUUCAGUGCUCUUAUCAGUGCAUUGGCUGGCCAGAGCCAGAGUUUUUGGACUCAAGGACUUCAGAUCCUGAGUCAACUCCAAUCGUGCACAGAUGUGAUUGCCGUGAGCAGUGCGAUUACAUGCUGUGAGAAGGGGCAAUGGCAACAUGGGGUGUCCCUGCUGAACAUGGCCGCCGUUGAUCGCGUUGCUCCAAACAUUAUCAGUUACAACAGUUCCAUCAGCGCUUGCGAGAAGUCCGGACGCUGGAGACUGGCCGUGAAGCUCCUGGGAUCCAUCGAGACGAAGAGGUUAGCAGCAGAUGCUGUGAGCUACAACAGUGCCAUCAGUGCGUGUGAGAAAAGCAAUUGCUGGGCUUAUGCCCUAUGCCUGCUGCUCUCCAUGGAAGACGCCAAGCUGAGUCCAGACGUCGUCAGCUACAGCGCUGUCAUCAGUGCUGCAGAGAAAGGGGCCCGAUGGACUGUAGCCAUCGCCUUGCUCCAGCACUUGGAAGUCCGACAGCUGCAGGGUGACGUGAUCCUCUACAGCAGCGUGAUCAGCGCAUGUGAGAAAGGGCGGCAAUGGGAAAUGGCCCUGGCCCUGCUGAUGCAGAUGGAAGACCGGAGGAUCACUCCCAACAUCAUCAGCCACAACAGCGUCAUCAGCGCAUGCGAGAAGGCAGCUGAAAGCGAGGUCGCCUUAGCGCUUCUUCUGCAGCUGCGCUCGCUGCGCUCGAACGCGCGGCCGGACGUGGUCACCUUCAGCGCCGCGCUGGCGGCGCUGAGCGCGGCCAGAUGGCGCUGGGCACUGGAGCUGCUGCUGCUGGUGGCAACGGACCAGAUUUCUCCCAACGACCUGACCUUCAACAGCGCUCUCAGCAUGGCUGACUGGCGUCGGAGUCUGCAGCUGCUUCGCCAAAUGUCGCAGCAGAAAAUGGGGGACAUGAUCAGCUGGAAUUCUUGCGCCACUGGGAUGUUCUUUUGGGUGGGUAUUGACACCGGGAGGAUUGAGAACUAUCAAAAAAUCACAGAAGUUGGGAAUUCUGGGUUGGGCUGA